AUGGUAGCUGCGCUCCCCGUUCGAGAAAGUCACGCAAGCGGAAACAAGGCGUUCCAGUGUAAACACUGCGCUGCAAUCUGCGUCGGACCAAUCGCGUUGGCGCUUCACAUUGAGCAUGCGCAUUCAACCUUUGGUUCUGAUCACAACAGAUGCCCGCUCUGUUUCAAGUAUUUCUUAAGUCUAGACGAACUUGUUCCCUACAUGAAAAGUCACGAUUCGAAUGCGAACGGUAUUGACACCAAAGACAGCAAUAUAGAAUGUAUUGAAUUCAAAAGGCGUCGAAUACGGGCAAGUAUACUGUCGUCUGUUAACGGCAUGUGCGUAUCUGACAUCCUCAUAUGUCCGUACUGUUUCCGGGACGAUUUUGACUCGCUGGAAGGCUUGGAACUUCACAUGCAAAGCGUGCACACCGUCAAGCCCACGGAGGUGUACACGUGCAACUACUGCAACGCACCUUACAAGAACCUCUACAGCCUGCACGAGCACAUGCGGGCGAUUCACCAAAACAAGCCCAGCAUGGGAAUCAAAUACCCGUGCAGCCUGUGCGCAAAAGAGUUCUCGAGCAUCGAAUCGCUACAAGACCACAAGAAGCGGAAUCACCACAAUAAACAGAGACAAGCGGACAAUGUAUAUACAUGCAGCUUUUGUGCGCUCCUAUUUCUAAGCCCGUCGGUUUUGAAUGAGCACAUCACAAAUACUCACGCCGACCUCAUGAGGCGAUUUGAAGAACAAAAUCAUGGGAAAAGUCCCGAAAUUCUGACCAAUUCAUCCCGACUUUCAGUCCCGGUGGCCCGAUCUAAAGACUCGCUUUCGUCGUAUCCCGAAAACAACACAAUCAUAAACGUGCCGGAACCUUCGCAAAUACUGCGGCAUCUGAGGUCCCCCGCGCAGAAGCUUGCAAGCCCCACUAGCACCAUACACCAUAGAGCAGCGAUGCCUAGCAACAAGUCGAAGUCGUCUCCAAGCCGACCACAUUCUGCUGGUAGUAGGAAAGUGGAGAUACUCCAAGAACAGAAGGAACUGUUCCUGACAGAAGAGCAGCUGGAGGCGCACCUGUCUCUCCACUUCCUGUCGCCUGUGAGCGAGUACGGCUGUAAGAGCUGCAACAAGACUUACGAUAAGCCCGACGAGCUUCAGAAACACCUGAUAGACAUCCAUGCCAUCAAUCUGUACCAGUGUUCUCUCUGUAAGGACGUCUACGAUUCCACAGUCAAUAUACAGGUCCAUUUUGCUAUCAAGCACAGUAACGAGAGCAAGCUGUACAGGUGCUCUACGUGCGAUGUCGUGUACCGGCGGGAAAGCGAGUGGCUACUGCACCUGCGCGUGAAACACCUGCAACUCUCAAAACCUUACAGAUGUCUGUUCUGCAAGGAGUCAUUCAGCGUGGAAAUGGAUCUGCAGUGCCACCUAGCGACGCACAACAAACUAUUCAAAUGCUCCAUGUGCGAGGAAUCGUUUCUCGUGGAAUACCUGCUCGAUAAACACCUACAGCUCGUGCAUUCCGAGGCGGGAAGCAGUUCGGAAACCGGAAACAUCCAUUAUGACGUCACCAGUUCUAACGGAACGCAUGCAAAAACGGAUAAAAGCGAUGUUGUCAUCAAGCAGGAGUCGGGAACCAGUUCAAUGCUGUUCAAUAAAAAUGUUACAACCAAAGCGUGGAGCCAGCCAAGCGGAACUCUUGUCGCCGGAAGCGCCACCCUCCUGGGAAACAAUCACCAGUUAUUUCACAAGCUGACUAGUUCGGCGAAUGGCGGCGGUAUUUUACUGAGCGACGGAAGUGGUCCGUUGUUUCCGUCCGGACUCCCAAACGUUAUAAGCAGUGGAUCGUUGGUGUGGAAAAGUCCAGAAGAUCUAUACAGAUGCAAUAUUUGUGACGUAAAGUAUGGUAAACUUUCGGCUCUGCAGAGCCACAAAAUGCAGGACCAUGGUCUGAAGCUCGUAAUUGGCAACAAAUACAGUCCGGAGAGCAGUCCAAAGCACGUGACCUCAACUUCCGGUAGUUUUGAAAGUAACCCCGUUAUUUACAUAGACACAGUGAGCAGAAAUGGGACAGAACCGGAAAUAUCGUCUGUUUCGGACAAACCCGCCUCGUUAUUACACACGGCGCUUAUCUCAUCGCUGACGUCAUCGAUGUCUUUGACUGGAGUUAAUUUACCAGAAUCGCCAACAUCGGAAGCUACAUAUUCAGAGAAAUUAAUCUCUACUUACGGUGACAAAGUUUGCUUGGCGUGCCCGUUUUGUAGCCAGACUUUUAAAAGCAAAUCUGAAUUAGAAAAGCACAGUAAGAUCCACGUAAACACCGGGUCACAGAAGUGUAACAUUUGCGACGAGGUGUUCGAAUCCUCUGGUAUUUUGGCGGAACAUAAACUUACACAUUGCAAGAUACAGCAGGGCAAUGUUUGUGUUGCUUGCAAAAUGCCGCUGAACGUUGAAGAACAAUUCUAUCUCCAUUCGCAGGAACAUGGUUUCCAAGGGGCAGUAAUGCAUUGCAUCGUGUGCAGACAAACUCUUUCGUCGCUGCUAGAACUACAAAUGCACGGAAAGCAUCACUUCCAAAGUAGGUCAUUCUGUAGUUACACUUGUUGUGUUUGUCUUAAAAGUUUUGAUUCAGAUGAAAAUCUCGUGUCGAAAAUAAAUGGCUCCGGUCGGACCUAUUACAUCUGCAAACCGUGCUACCUUGGAAAGGCGGAAUUCCCGUGCCCACAGUGCGGCGCUCGAUACACGACUUCAAGCGGUCUCGAAGAACAUGUGCACUCGCACAAAAAGUCCUACCAGUGCAUCAAAUGCCAGGAAUCGUUCAGUUCUGAGCAGGAAAUACAACUGCACGUGGCGACACAUAUGAUGACGGAAGGCAAUAUCCACGAAUGUUGCAUAUGUUUCACAAUCUUAGAUUCGCCAGCAAAACUUCAGUGCCAUUUAAUAGAACACACUUUUGUGAAUUCUGAAUUCAAAUGCCACGCAUGCGGGAGGAAAUUCAAAAGCGCGGCCGAGAUCCAAACUCACGCACUUGAUCAUGGCGUCUUGGCGCGAAAGUACAACUGUUCCUUAUGCAGUCAACGAUUUUUCUUCAGUGCAGAAUUGGAAAAUCACAAUUACGUUCAUCAAAAGUCGCGUGAAACAAGUUUAUCUGACAGCGAUAAAGGGUUUUUAAGUCAGCAUCUGACAAUAUAUCCACUUGCACACCCAGUCUUUGAGGAAAAGCCAGUCUCGUCUCUCAGAGGUCACAGCCCGGUGAAAGGUCAAAGCACAGUCAAAUUUCAAAGCCCAGCACAAAACGUCAAAAAGCAUGUUGAAGAUUCAGACUUGUCAUGCACAAAAUGUGACAAGAGUUUCAGAUCGGUCAUUCUUCUGUCGGAGCAUUACAAAAUGUGCAAUGUGGCAUCAUUGGCGUCGGCUGUAGUGUCAUGGACACAUGGAUGCCCUUGUUGCUCAGAGAAUUUCCAGACUUUGAGUGAACUUCAAAAUCAUAUGUAUAAAGAACAUUCCAAGGCCGAGUCCAUGGACCCCAUGAAGUUGAGGCACGCGUGCAGCGAGUGUGGCAAGGAAUGUUCCUCGGAGCAUAAUCUUCUGACACACAUGAGCACGCAUAGAAAAGGAGAGAAGCACGUAUGUUCCAAAUGCAAUCGUGUGUUUUCAACAGCUGUCGGCUUGUCUGUUCACAUGGCGGCGAAAUGCCAUGGUUACCAGUACGAAUGUCCUGUGUGUCAAGUACGAUUUGCAAAGAAAACCCAAAAGAUGGAUCACAUGAAGUCGCACAGUGGUGACAAAGUGUAUCCUUGCCUACAGUGCGGACUACUUUUUACGUGCAAAGAUAAACUGAAGGUGCACUCGGACCAACAUUCAUUGGAGACGGAUUCGAGUCAGGUUCCCGAUGAAGCAAACGUCAUGGAUGAAAUAAUCGCUUCUAGUGAAGACGUCGUUGCCAACGGUGAUGUCACAAGUGUUGAGCAAAAAGACGCUAGAGAUAAAUCAGACAGUGAGAAGGAUGGCAUGAAACCGGAAGUUACGAGCACGUGUUCUCUGUCAGACGAAGGCUCGAUGGAUUAAUGUUGAUGAGCUGUUAAGAAAUUCCAUGUGUGGGUGUUGAUAAUAAGUGAACGCUUUAAUCGUUGUUCAAUGAGAUCUGUAUUUUUAUUUAAAUAGAAAAUGCUUCUAUUUUACAAUGAUCACUAUAUAUUCGUGUCCUAUAAAGCACUGUUACCUGGAUUUUCCUUCAU